AUGUCACUCUUGAACAAAGGUGUUACCACCACCCAAGAGGAAGGAAGAAUUCUCUCGCGAGUCGGUUCCUCAUUAUAUGACGGUGGUGGCGCUUGUGUGAAAAAGACAAUUGACAUCGUUACACGACACGAUUUUCCAAUCAAUUUACCAAAUCGCGAGAUUGGCGUAGAACGACCGCCUCGCUCAGCCGGUUUGACUGAUGCGAAGCGUGAGAAACCCCCUUAUUACCAGAGAAUUUACGCUGACCUCAUCAGGCGGGGCCAUAUCCUAACGGAUGUUUUCAGGA